CGAAACUAGGAGAAUCCAGAAGGUUCUGAAACACGAUCAAACCCUGCUUAAACCCUACCAUUCCUUCCUUCACCAACGCAGUUUUCUGAAGAAUCUCACAAUCACACUUCCAAGUAUGCACCGCCUUUCACAGCGUUCAUCCUCCCUCUCUAACCUACUCCGUCACGGUGGCUUUCUUCGCCGCCGGGCCACACUUUCGGCUGCCUCGUCGUCGGUGGGUGAGAAUGAGAAUGACACCAAAUCCAGAUGUUAUUCUUCUUCUUCUUCUUCUUCUUCUCUAUUAACCUCUGACAAAUCCACUGCUCAUCCCAAUUGGAAACGGGACAGCAUUUUUCUGGGCAAACGAUAUGAAUCCACUGCUGCUGAAUCUUCAUCUUCUGGGGAUUCCCCGUCUGCUCAAAGAUUUGAGUACCAAGCAGAGGUUAGCCGUCUCAUGGACCUCAUUGUUAACAGUCUAUACAGUAACAAGGAGGUGUUUCUCAGGGAACUUAUCAGUAAUGCAAGCGAUGCGUUGGACAAACUGCGGUUUUUGAGCGUUACAGAGCCUGAGCUGAUGAAGGAUGCGGUUGAAUUUGAUAUCCGCAUUCAUACUGAUAAAGAUAAUGGGAUUGUCACUAUUACCGAUACAGGCAUUGGUAUGACUAAGCAAGAAUUGAUUGAUUGUCUUGGAACUAUUGCUCAAAGUGGAACUGCAAAGUUUUUGAAAGCUUUAAAGGAUAGCAAAGAUGCUGGUGGUGACAACAACUUAAUUGGUCAAUUUGGUGUAGGAUUUUAUUCUGCUUUUCUGGUUGCUGAUCGGGUGGUUGUCUCAACAAAGAGUCCAAAAUCUGAUAAACAAUAUGUUUGGGAAGGAGAGGCAAAUGCUAGUUCAUAUAUCAUAUCUGAGGAAACCGAUCCUGAGAAGCUGGUUCCUAGAGGAACUCGCCUUACACUAUAUCUUAAGAGGGACGACAAAGGGUUUGCGCAUCCAGAGCGGAUUCAAAAGCUUGUGAAAAACUACUCACAAUUUGUCUCAUUCCCGAUAUACACUUGGCAGGAAAAGGGAUUCACCAAAGAAGUGGAGGUUGAUGAGGAUCCGGCUGAAGCCAAAACGGAUGAACAAGAUGAGAAGACUGAGAAGAAGAAGAAAACUAAAACUGUUGUGGAGAAGUAUUGGGAUUGGGAGCUCACAAAUGAGACCCAACCUAUUUGGCUUCGUAAUCCUAAAGAAGUCACUAAGGAGGAGUACAAUGAGUUUUACAAGAAUACUUUCAAUGAAUACCUGGAGCCAUUGGCAUCAUCACACUUUACCACAGAGGGUGAGGUAGAAUUUAGGUCUGUACUUUAUGUUCCUGCCUUCGCUCCUUCAGGGAAGGAUGAUAUAAUCAAUCCCAAGACCAAAAAUAUCAGACUUUAUGUGAAAAGAGUUUUCAUUUCAGAUGACUUUGAUGGAGAACUGUUCCCCAGAUACUUAAGUUUCGUUAAAGGUGUGGUUGACUCAAAUGACCUUCCACUCAACGUGUCACGUGAAAUACUUCAAGAGAGCCGCAUAGUGCGGAUUAUGAGGAAACGCUUGGUUAGAAAGGCUUUUGACAUGAUUCUGGGGAUAUCCAUGAGUGAGAACAGAGAGGACUAUGAGAAAUUCUGGGAUAACUUUGGCAAACACUUAAAAUUGGGUUGCAUUGAAGACCGUGAGAAUCACAAACGACUUGCUCCAUUGCUUCGGUUUUUCUCGAACCAAAGUGAGGAAGACCUGAUCAGCUUGGAUGAAUAUGUUGAUUGCAUGCAACCUGAUCAAAAGGAUAUUUAUUACAUUGCUGCUGACAGCGUGUCUAGUGCUAAGAACACACCUUUCUUGGAGAAACUUGCGGAGAAAAAACUUGAAGUCUUGUUUUUGGUGGAUCCAAUAGACGAGGUUGCCAUUCAAAACCUUAAAUCAUACAAGGAAAAGAAUUUUGUUGACAUUAGCAAGGAAGACUUGGAUCUAGGUGAUAAGAACGAGGAAAGGGAGAAGGAAGUGAAGCAGGAAUUCGCCCAAACAUGUGACUGGAUCAAAAAACGUUUGGGAGAUAAAGUCGCAAGUGUGCAAAUUUCAAACAGACUUAGUUCUUCACCUUGUGUUCUGGUGUCAGGAAAAUUUGGGUGGUCUGCAAACAUGGAAAGGCUAAUGAAGGCACAAAGUAUGGGUGAUGCCUCCAGCAUGGAUUUUAUGAGAAGCAGAAGGGUGUUUGAGAUCAACCCUGACCACCCUAUUAUCAGGAACUUGGAUGCUGCAUGCAAAACAAAUCCUGACGAUCAAGAGGCCGAGAGAGCUAUUGAUCUUUUAUAUGAUGCAGCAUUGGUUUCCAGUGGUUAUACGCCUGAUAAUCCAGCACAGCUUGGAGGAAAGAUAUACGAAAUGAUGAGCAUGGCUCUCAGUGGUAGAUGGUCAGCUUCUGGUCAGUUUCAGUCCACUGUAACCCAGCCCCCUGUCCCAGAAUUUGUAGAAGCUGAGGUGGUUGAACCCACUGAGGCUGAUGGUCAGAAGUGAGAGGACUGUCAGAGAGAUUUUUGUUUUUUUGUUCCUUCUUUAUACUAUGCUUAGCAGAUUUACAUUGAACAUUGGUGGUAUUGUUUUAUAGAUAGCCUGAUGAAUAUUGAGUAAUGUCAUAUUUUUCGGUUAAUGCUUAA